CGCUUAAUCUGACGAAACACCGCCAUCUUCGAAACAGCUGCUUCCUCUCACAGUAUAGUACAAUUUUCAUUCCGUGAUUUUUUCCGUACGGGAUCCUGCAACAUCAACCUUGCUUUAUCCAAUCAAGGACGGGCUUUCUUGUUUCGUUUCUCUUAUCGGGAAGCUAAUUUCCGUACAGUGACGUCACCAUCACGGAAACGCUUGAGGGUGAUAAGUUGUUGCUUUUCUGGCUUUGUUGUUCCGUACAAUGACGUAAAGCCGCAGUUGGAGGAACAGAGCGCGGGUGGCGGAGCGGGACAGCAGCACAGAGUCGUGUGGAACUAUGCCUCGGGAGAUCAUCACUCUGCAGCUUGGCCAGUGCGGGAAUCAGAUUGGGUUUGAGUUCUGGAAACAACUGUGUGCAGAACAUGGCAUCAGCCCAGAAGGGAUUGUGGAAGAAUUUGCAACUGAAGGCACAGACAGAAAGGAUGUAUUCUUUUAUCAGCUGUUUGAAAGAACAUGCCGGCAGUAUGAUAAGCUGCGCAAGAGGGAGGCUUUCUUGGAGCAGUUUCGCAAGGAGGACAUGUUCAAGGACAACUUUGAUGAGCUAGACAACUCCAGGGAGAUCGUCCAGCAGCUGGUAGAUGAGUAUCACGCUGCCACACGUCCAGAUUACAUUUCAUGGGGGUACCCAGGAUAAGUGAGUGCAGCAACAAGGACACAGAAGUGCUACAACACUGGGACAAUGUAUUAGAGGAUCAUUACUAGCACAGGACAUACUCUGAUCUGGAUAAGCUUGCCCUGUCCCUUCAGAAAUAAAUGAUGUCCAAGCCGCAUUGCUGCUAGCUACCGUUAAGGCAUUGCAGACCGUUUUUCAUUCCGAUAAAUGGAUGGCUUCAACUCUUCAUGAUUUUUACUAUGUGAUGAAGCAGACCUUUUUCCAAUGUUUAAGGUGUUCACUAUUAAAUAUCUUGGAAAAUCCAAAUGGAUAUUAAUGAACAGAGUGUUUGCACAUACUUUAUUUAGUAAAAUUUGAUUAUGUAAAA